CCUAGUAUUAAUAUAAAUCGAAAAAUUGGAGAAAAUCUCUGGGUGUGAUGGUAGUUUGGAAAGGGCCCAAACAAGGGUUACAGCUAUGUAAAUAUUAUUGCAGAAGCAGAUUUUUAGGCUUAGUCAAAUUUAUAUUCCAGUUUAUCAUCUUGCGCUUUAAACCAUAAAUCACGUGAAGGAGCGUGUACCUUCUUCACAGGCUCUCACCAAGACACGCGAAUCCAAAUAUCGUUUUUACCCUUUACAUUUACCUGGCGAAUUUAUUAAAUUGCCAUACUUUAUUACCUCUCCCCGCCUCCCCACGCCAAAUUUAAGUCCCAAAUUGACGAUAAUACUCUUAAUCUUCCCCAACAAGCCUCUCGAAAAAUUUUCAAAACAUUUCGACGGCUCCCUCCACCCUUUCCCUCUCCCCCUUCAAACCCUUUCGUCCCCAAUAAGUAUCCCUUCCCUAAAUCCCAAAAAAUCAAACCAUCAAUCAAAUCUUCACUAACCUCUUCAAUCAAAAUCACCAUCAUUAAAAAAAUGCCUUCCAUGGCAGAAGAGCCGCUCCUAACCCCAACCCCAGACAGAUUCUGCAUGUUCCCAAUCCACUACCCUCAGAUCUGGGAGAUGUACAAGAAAGCCGAAGCCUCCUUCUGGACCGCCGAGGAAGUCGACCUCUCGCAAGACACCCGCGACUGGGACAACAACCUCAACGACGGCGAGCGCCACUUCAUCAAACACGUCCUCGCCUUCUUCGCCGCCUCCGACGGCAUCGUCCUCGAGAAUCUCGCCACUCGUUUCAUGUCCGACGUCCAAGUCUCCGAGGCGCGUGCCUUCUACGGGUUCCAGAUCGCGAUUGAGAAUAUCCACUCCGAGAUGUACAGUCUCUUGCUGGAUACUUAUAUUAAAGAUAACAAAGAGAGAGAUCAUUUAUUCCGCGCGAUUGAGACCAUCCCUUGCGUUAAAAAAAAGGCCCAAUGGGCCUUGAAAUGGAUCGAUGGGUCACAGACUUUCGCGGAGAGGAUCGUCGCGUUUGCUUGCGUGGAAGGGAUCUUCUUCUCUGGGAGCUUUUGUUCCAUCUUCUGGCUUAAGAAGAGAGGUCUCAUGCCGGGAUUGACUUUCUCCAACGAGCUGAUCUCGAGAGACGAGGGGUUACACUGCGACUUCGCGUGCCUUAUUUAUACUCUCUUGAGGACGAAGCUGACGGAGGAGCGCGUGAGGUCUAUCGUCUGCGACGCGGUGGAGAUCGAGAGGGAGUUUGUGUGCGACGCGCUUCCGUGCGCGUUGGUGGGGAUGAAUAGGGAUCUGAUGAGUCAGUAUAUUGAGUUUGUUGCGGAUAGGUUGUUGGGUGCGCUUGGGUGUGGGAAGGUGUACGGUGUGGCGAAUCCGUUUGAUUGGAUGGAGUUGAUCUCGCUUCAGGGGAAGACGAAUUUCUUUGAGAAGAGGGUUGGGGAUUAUCAGAAGGCUUCUGUUAUGUCUAGUGUUAAUGGGAGUGGGGGGUUUGAUAACCACGUGUUUUCGCUUGAUGAGGAUUUUUAGAUUAAGAUUUAAUUUAAUUGUUGUUGUUAUGGUUUGAUCCUUUGUAAUAUUCCGUGUCUGUUCGUGCUUUUUAAUUAAUGGAAUAGUAUAAGCU